GGCCGUGACGCCGGGUCGCCAGCGGGACCGGGACCCCCGCGGGCGCCCAGGAGGGAGGUGGGGCCGAGGGCGGGCCCAGGUGCGCGGCCCCGCCCCGCGCCCCUCCCCGCGGAGCCCCCGCGCCGCUGGCUCCGGACCGGCCGCGGCGAGUGCGGGGUGGGCGCCGCCCGCUCCAUCUCGGCCCCGCGCCGAGCACCUGUGGCCGCAGGAGAGGCGCCCCCGCCGGCCUCGGGCGCCGAGGGCAGCCAUGAGCGGCAGCCGCCCCGAACCCGGGGCCCGGGCCCGGAGCCCCCAGCCAAGAUCCCUGUCCCGGAGCUCGUCCAGCCUGCUGGGUGACGGCCGGGGACAGCGGCCAGAGCUCCGGAAGAGUGCCAGCAGCACGGUCUGGCAGGCCCAGCGGGGCACCAGCACCGGUCCCCAGGUCCAGGAGGAAGAGGGCCACCCAGCUGAGAGCACGGAGCAGGCGCAGGGCCCCGGCCCGGGACCACAGCCUGGUGUCAUGGGCCACUGGCGGAGCAGCACGGUGGGCAACGUGUCUACUGUGGAUGGUGGUGACCUGUGUCGCCUGCGGGUCCCCAGCGCUGCUGCUGUGCAGAGGAGCCACUCGGACCUGGUUCGCCCUCAGACCCGGGGCCACAGUGGGGCUCGGAGGGCCAGCCUCAGCUGCUCGGCCCUUGGCAGCUCGCCGGUCCACAGGGCGCGGCUGCAGCCUGGCGGUACUUCUGGCCAGGGAGGUCAGGCCCCUGCAGUCCCGGAAAGGGACCUGGCUCCAGAGGACGGGGCGUUGAGCUCAGCCUGGACCCUGGGAGAGAGUCAGGUGUGGGUGUCGCCAGUAGACCUGGGAGGCACACCCACCCACAGCAGCAGCCUCAAGGCCAAGCCCAAAGCCACUGAGCACUCAGCCGCCACCUCCUGCCGUGCUCUGCCGCCAGCAGCUCUACCGUGUGACAUGAGGGAGGAGGGCGCCCGAGGCUCCUGCCAUGCUCUGCUUGCCCCGGGGGUCCUGGCCUUUCCCAAACUAGUCGCAUCAGUGAGUGAGUCUGGGCUGCAGGCUCAGCGUGGGGUGAAGUUCCAGUGUGGGUUACCCGGGGGGCAUCCUGGGCCUUCCCACUGCUGUGCCCAUCCCUGGGGUCCCACUGGCUCAGCGGUGGAGCCUGGCGUGAGGACCAAAGAUGUGUGGACCAUGACCUCAGCCAGUGACUUGGCCCCAGGGCUGGCGUCACCUCCGUCAGCCCAGGAUGCGGGCGUGCAGGCGGCCCCCAUGGCAGUGUGCAAGGCUGUGGCCACCAGCCCGCCCCAGGAAGUCCCGGUGGCCCUGCACCCAUUCCCGGAGGUAACUCUGGGGUCCGGGCUGGAGGAGGCGCCGUCCCCUGUGCGGGAUGUGCGGUGGGAUGCUGAAGGCAUGACGUGGGAGGUGUACGGGGCUGCAGUGGACCCUGAGGUGCUUGGUGUGGCCAUUCAGAAGCACCUGGAGAUGCAGUUUGAGCAGCUGCAGCUGGCACCUGCCAGCGAGGACAGCCUGUCCGCAGAGAGCCGGAGGGGGCCGCUGCGGGCUGUCAUGCAGUCGCUGAGGCGCCCCAGCUGCUGCGGCUGCCCCAGCGCAGCCCCAGAGUGAGGAGCUGUGGCCCCAAGCGCUGCCCCGCCCCCUGGACUCAGCCCCCCGCCAGGGACAGUGGGGGCCCCAUGCCCUUUGGACCCACUGGCAGCUAUGGACACGUCGGUGCUGUCAGCUGCCAGCAGACGCAGGACGUCAGCCUGGGGACUUGCUGCUUGCAGCUGGGCUGGUUUUUAAGGGCUGAUUCCCAUGGGCCACAUCUGCACUUUGGGCCUGAACUUGGGGCAGUUUCAGCGCCGUGUACAAGGGAGGUCCUGAUUUUCCUGUAAAAAUCAUCUCCUUCUGUCCAGUCUCUUCAGGACUCUGCUGUGAUUUCCCCUAGAGUCGCGGUGGCUUUACCCGAAAGCAGAGCUGAGACGAGGAAUCCUUGACAUGAAACGGGGCCCAGGUGACGGGUCAGCUGGUCUUUAGAGACGGGACCCACGCUGCCAAAGGCCGCCUGCGUGCCACACCGUUCGGCACCUGGCCUUGCCGAGUCUUCACGCACGGACCAAAGCGCAGACGUGUGGCCGGGCUGUGGCUGAUGUCCCCGGGUCGGACGUCAGAGUGGAGGCUGAGGUUCAAAGCAGGGCUGGCUGAGGCCUGGGUCUUCCUGCAGCUCGCCAGCCAGCCAGCCAGUGAGGCGGUUGCGAAGGAGGCCAUGGUCUGUGCCAGGUCUGGGUUCCUUGGGAAACGAGACAGGCUGCUCGUGCCCUCGCUGCGCUCACGCGUGGAAGGGGCUCGCCCGGUACCAGGGAGCUGAGCUGUAAGAAAGGCUGCAGGUGUGUCUGAGCGUGGCUCCGUCUGUCACUGUGUCUGGGGUGGCCUCAGGAAUGGGAAACAGGUGGCCCCUGUCCCCAAAUAUGUCACAGUCCUGAACUUGCACCAUUAUUACCUCAUUCCUUUGGUUUAAGGAUUUAUUUUCAGCUGGUGCAGUUAUUCAACGAAGGGAGGGCAGGGAUGGUGGGUAGAGGAGCCUGUGGUGGGGUCUCCCACUGGUGGGAAAUGGCAGGGGCUGUGAGGCUGUGGGCCUAUUUGCCCCGGUCCUGUGCACCUGACCUGACAUGGGCCAGGGCUCAUGGGGGCCAGGGGAUCAUGGGAGUGGGGGAGCCCAGGACACCAGGGCUUGACACAGCAUGACUUGACUGCCCAAGGAUCUCCCCAGGCCCACGGAGGAUGGAACGGGCUUGUGUGCUCGUCCUGGGGCUUAGAGUUGAAAAUCCAAGCUCCCGAGACAGAACCUGCCAGCCCACCUCUGAGGAGCCAGGUGGCGCCCCGGAACGCCGCCCUGGUGAGCUCGCUGCCCUGAGACAACAGGAUGGGCCCUUGGCCUCACUAACCAGGCCGCACAGCCUCCGCCCGCUGGAUGGACCGCAGCUGGACCUGAACUUGCCCUGGAGACAGACCACCCUGCCUCCCACCUUGCCCCUCGCGGGCAGCCUGACUGGCAGUGUUCAGGCUCUCAGGACUGGCCACCAGCUUAGUUUACAGGUCUCCUCUCAGACCCCAGGUUUCUGACCAGACUUUCUGGUUUCCCUUCAGGCUCUGCUCUGGGAGGUGGUGGAUCUCAUUAUUUGUGCAUUUAUUUGAAUUUGAAAUAAAGUAUUGGAGGUUGGAGCUUUGCCAGGGAA